AUGUCCACCGAAGGCCACCACUUUGCCGCUCCCCAAGCUGCUGGCCCCAACGGCGCUGCUGGGGCGCUGCCUCAGGGCUCCGGGGGUGCGUCCACCACUAGCGCUACAGCUACUGCACCCAUGUCGUCGAUGUCGCCGGCCAGCGACACCAUGAUGCAACCUCCUUCGACGCUGGGGAAGAGGAAAGCAGAGACACAGGACAAUGAACGCCUUUCCAAGCGAUUGAGUUUACUAAACUUGGAGCAAAACGGCAACAAACUCUACGUCCCCGUCGAAACAUCCCAUUCACCCAACACAACCACAAAACUCCCCUCGCAGCCCCCUGAAUCCAUGGAAUUAGACGAUUCGAAACACAAAGUGUACAUAUACAACUUAGACGACGAGCUCUCCUCAGAAAGUGAGGACGAAGAAGGCAAGCUGGUCUUCUUACCCGACAUUGAGAAGCACCUUCGCGAGAACCGCAUCCCACAACAAGUACUGGCGAAUAGCGAAGGAGAGCUCGCAGGCAUGCAGUUGGUACUAUACAAAGAUCCCAAGUCUGUAAUCAUGCCAGAAGACAAAGAUACAAGACGAGAAGCCAUCCUCAACGCGAGACAACGCACCAAAGAGGAACAAAGCACCGCGCCGGAUACAGCAACGACUACGGCCGAAGACCCAGGUGCCGAUGAAGUAAUGGAUGUGGAUUGA